GGCAGUGAGCGGAGCGCCGGGGAGCCCGAGCCCCGGUAGCGGCGCAGGGCUGGAAAAACUCGCCGCAGGAUCCCUUCUUGAAUGUCCUGGCUGCCAGUAGAAUUGAAGGCAGGAGGCAACUCAUGACCACCAAACCGUGACAGCCUUGGAUUCCCCUGCUUCUGGCUGCUCGAAAUAACCACUGGGCUGCUGUGGAGAUGAAUGGAGAACAGCAGCAUGAUGCAGAUGCUGGUUCCAGUGUGGAAGAAAUGGAAUUCAAUUGGGAUGAGUAUCUAGAAGACACAGGAGCAAUUGCAGCCCCCCAUGGAUCUUUUAAACAUGUGGAUACAAGUUUGCAGAAUGGUUUUGCCCCUGGUAUGAAGCUAGAAGUUGCUGUCAAGUCUGACCAAAACACCUACUGGGUAGCCACAAUCAUUACUACCUGUGGGCAGCUGCUCCUGUUGCGCUACGAUGGUUACGGGGAAGACCGCAAGGCUGACUUCUGGUGUGAUAUCAUGACAGCUGAUUUACACCCCAUCGGCUGGUGUGAGCAGAACAAGAAGGUUCUCAAAGUGCCUGAAGGUAUCAAGGAUAAGAUACCUGACAAGGACGAAUUCCUUCAGCGGGUGCUGAAAGGAGCAUGCAGUGCUCCUGCUAACCUGCUGGAGGGGCUUCACAGAGGGAAAAACCCAUUGGAUCUCAUUGCACCAGGCUCCCGACUAGAACUGCAAAACGUCCGAGAUUCCCUGGAAGCCUGGAUAGUCAACGUGGUAGAAAAUGUUGGUGGGAGACUUAAACUGCGAUACGAAGGGCUCGAGGAUUCUGACAAAUUUGACCAGUGGCUGUUCUACUUGGACCCUUUCCUUCAUCAAGUGGGGUGGGCAGCUCAACAUGGAUAUAGCCUGCAGCCGCCUUUAGCCAUUAGGUCCUUGAAGAGUGAAGCAGAUUGGCAAGAGAUUCUGAAGAAGGUGAAAGAGGAGGAAGAGGAGUCAUCAGUUCCUACAGAUCUCUUUAAGGAUAAACCUGUGAUUGGAGUGCAUUCCUUCUCUGAAGGCAUGAAGUUAGAAGCUGUGGAUCCAAUGGCUCCUUUUGUAAUCUCUCCUGCUACAGUUCUCAAGGUAUACAAUGAAAAAUACUUCAUGAUAGAAAUUGAUGACUUGAGACCAGACCGCACAACCAGCCAGUCUUACAUUUGUCAUGUCAACAGUGCUGGUAUUUUCCCUGUGCAAUGGAGCCUGAAGAAUGGUUUGCAUCUCAUUCCACCACCAGGUUAUCCUGGGCAGGACUUUGAUUGGGCAGACUACCUCAAACAGUGUGGUGCUGAGGCAGCUCCUCAGAGCUGCUUCCCUUCGUUAACUUCUGACCAUGGAUUUAAAGAGAAUAUGAAGCUUGAGGCUGUGAACCCGCUUGAUCCUGAAGAAGUCUGCAUUGCUACAGUCACCAAGUUGAAAGAUUCCUACCUCUGGCUUCAGCUGGAGGGCUCCAAGAAGCCCGUCCCUGAGUGUAUAGUGAGUGUGGAAUCAAUGAAUAUAUUUCCAGUGGGUUGGUGUGAGACGAAUGGAUAUCAGCUCAGACCUCCUCGCAAAGCAAUAGUAAACAAGCAGAAAAAGAUUGCAGUAGUUCAACCAGAGAAACAAAUUUUGUCUUCAAGGACAGUUCAUGAUGGACUAAAGAACCAGGAAAUGAACUCUAAUGAUUCAGUGGUAAUUAAUGGAAAGUACUGCUGCCCAAAGAUCUACUUCAACCACCGGUGCUUCUCAGGGCCUUACCUUAACAAAGGCAGGAUUGCAGAGCUCCCACAAUCUGUGGGACCUGGGAACUGUGUCCUUGUUCUGAAAGAGGUUCUCACUUUGUUGAUCAAUGCAGCUUACAAACCUAGCCGUGUCCUGCGAGAACUGCAGCUGGAUGAAGAGGCUGCAUGGCAUGGGCAUGGAGAGACCCUAAAAGCCAAGUACAAAGGAAAGAGCUACCGUGCAACUGUGGAAGUUGUGAGGACAGCAGAUCGGGUGGCAGAUUUCUGCAGAAAAACAUGCAUCAAGCUGGAAUGUUGUCCAAACCUCUUUGGCCCUCAGAUGGUGCUGGACAAGUGUUCAGAGAACUGCUCUGUCCUGACAAAGACUAAAUACACACACUAUUAUGGGAAGCGGAAAAACAAGCGGAUAGGUAGGCCUCCGGGUGGCCACAGUAACCUGGAAGUAGCCAUGAAGAAACCAAAUAAAAGACGGAAGAGACGAAAACAUUUUUUUGUCCAUAAGAAAAAGCGUUCUUCAACGUCAGUGGAUAACACUCCAGCUGGAUCUCCCCAGGGCAGUGGGGGAGAAGAAGAGGAUGACCAGGAUGAGGUAGAUGAAGAAUCUCUGACUGAGGAUAGUACGUCAGAGCACCAAGAUGAAUUGCUUGAGGAAUCAGAGAUAUCAGAGAAAAAAUCACUGUCAUCCUCUCCUACACAGAGUGAACUGUCUCAUUCCCUGGCUCAGGACAGAGACAAGCGGAAGAGGAAGCUCAGGACCUUUUCCUUUUCUGAUGAUGAAAAUAAACCUCCUUCGCCAAAGGACAUAAAGAUGGAAGUUGCUGAAAAGCUGCAGCUGGACAGUAACCCUCUGGAGUGGAGCGUGGCUGACGUUGUACGAUUCCUCAAAUCCACUGACUGUGCACCACUGGCAAGAAUUUUCCUUGAUCAGGAAAUUGAUGGCCAGGCUCUGCUGCUGCUGACCCUGCCCACUGUUCAGGAGUGUAUGGACUUGAAGCUCGGGCCAGCUAUUAAACUUUGCCAUCACAUUGAGAGGGUGAAGCUUGCCUUUUACCAGCAGUUUGCUAACUGAGGAGCAGCCAACUUGAAAUGGACCUUUGAAGCACAACUACAAAAACAUUCUACUUUCUUUUUAGCAAGGAAAGCCAAAUUAAAUUAAACUGAGGCCCUGGUGACCUAAGAGCAUCUGUCAGCCUCGAGUUUUCACUUUGACAAAAGGAAGACAACAUCUGGAGCAAAAUGCCAGUGCAAACACAGGGGCUACUCUACCAGCUGCCAGCUCGGGAACACAAUAGUCUCUUGCUCUAUGGUUCCCUUUUUUUAAUGUAUUUUUUACUGAUUACAGAAAGUCUCCUCUGGUGGGAAAUGACAUUUCAAUAGUUCUGUUGGCACAGAACUUUAAAAGGAGAAACGGAUCCUGUUUACGUUAGCAUGUAGGCUGCCAGAAGUAACCUUUCUCUGUUCCUGAUGACUCACAGAAUUCCCUUUCCUCCCUGUGGAAGAAAACUUGCUUUACCACAGCACUGACUUUGGAAUGUGCUCUUUGCACAUUCGUGUGUUAAUGUUGAGUUUUUAAUGAAUUUGUUCAUUGUAAGGACAACAACAUGGCCACAGGGUUCUGAAUGUACAGUAUAGCAAGGGUGUGAUUCCUUUGGGGUUUUUGUUUGCUUGGUUGGUUUUUGUUUCAUUGCUGUUGGGGUUUUGUUCUGUUUUGUUUUUACUACCUCUGUAGCCUGAACAGUAGAAGUGAUGAACUAAGAAAGGAGGGAACUACUUAGGCUGGACAAAUCAUCUGUAGCUGCACAACAGUCUCUCUUCUGUAGGCAUGUCAGGAGUACAAACCUGAUAAGAGCAUACAGAGCUUCUGUUCCAAAGCUUUAGCUGAAACCUGUGUAAGGCUUAACCUGUAUGUUUCCUUUCUCUCAUAUAUCAGAAAACUUACUUAUUUUGCACUUCUCUUACAGGUGGACUGUAGGAAAAAAGGAAGGAAAGAGAAAGUGCCUCUGCAUUUUCUGUAUUUUGGUUGUCAGAUUUUUAUUCUUUUUUUGAAUUGUGUGAAGUUAUUUCCUUUUUCUUAUAGCAAACAAUUGGGCCAUAUACACAGAGCCUGUCAGCAGACUUUUGCUUUGCUACCUGAACAUCUUUUUAGAGAAUACACUAAGGAAACUGCCAUCAGUAGAGGACUGCAACUUAGCUGGGCCAGUGUUUGCAUACUGGAAGCUAUCUUAUGAGCAUGACUUUGUAUUUUUAACUGUUUAUAGCUGCUCAGGAUCAGACUUGGUGAAAAUGUGAGGGGUUGAGAAGAGGGUUGUAUGCUUGUUUUAGAGAAAAGGACAAGGACUAGAAGGAACAUCUAGUUCCAUCAGUAGACCCACAGAACUGCUGAUUUUAGUUCUCCAGGAUAAUAAUACCCUAUCAACCACUUGCUGUAGACCUGUGCUUUACACUUCAAGUAACAGGGUUUACAUUACUUUCCAUUAAGGAUGUGGGGGACCUUACAUCAGGGUUAAGGUCUGCAUCAAAUAAGCAUUAGGUUUCAGCUGGCCUGCAUGCAUUGACUCUGCCUAUUCUCACAGUAUUUGGGGGAGCAUAGGCAGGAGCUGUGUGUGCAGCCCUGGUCCUUUGUCUUCUGUUCAAAUACAUUUUUGCAGAAAGCUCCUGGCAUGCUGAGGUCUUUGAGGUAGGAAGGUGCUCACUGCAGAUACCUCUUUAGGAAAGACACAUUUGCUGGUUUCUGAUAAACACUGGUUACUCUGGUCAAAUGAAUUGAUUCAAGCAUCUCUUAGGCCUAAUGUGAUCAUUUACUCUGCUGUGAGCUGUAGGAUUCAGCAAGGAGGUGAAGUUUGCACAGUCUGUGUCUGCAUCUGCCACAUAGAUGUUGAGGGGGAGCUACCUUCAAUGAAAACUGUUCAGAGUAAGCAGCGAAAUAACUGGGGUUUAUUUCUUUUGCCCCUUAGAAAAACUGCCUAGUAAAGGCAGCACUAUUUACAGAAGUGCUAAAUCGGGCUUUUUUUCACCAUUCCAGAAUGAAAAAGUAAAUGUCAGACAAGCUGUUUAAUAGCUGAGGGAGGGCAGUGUGUAGCUAGGAUGACUUUUUCUCCCAAGCUGUAAACAGAGUCUGAAAACACAAACUGAAAUCAAAGUGUGCCAACUUCUUCCUCACACUGGAUAUGUGGCCAGUAAAUGGCUCUUCAUAUUCUGCUUAGGUUGUGCACCUGUACUCCACUCUCUUAGGGCAAGCUCAGUGGUAAGCCAUUGGGCUUGUUUUUGAAAGAAACACUGCUGCUUUGCUGUCAGCAUCUUGUCUUGAGAAACUUGACCAGCAGAGAACUUCUGGGGUAGAAGAUGAUGCUUUUGGGUCAGAUUUGUCAUUCUUCAGGCUUUCCAGAGCACUAUUACACUGAUACCCAGCAGAACUGACCUGCAUAGCCAAGAGAUGUUGCUUCCACCUUUCCCCGUGGGCAGAUAGAUGUCUUUUUAAGUAACUGGCAGGAGAGAACAGAGCUUAAAGGAUGAUUUAGUGAACCUGUUAACUUGAUGCCUAGGGUUUUAAAUACAAAUGUCAUACUUUUUUUCCAUGCAGUAAAUAAAGCAGUCAGCAGUUUCAGAACUUAGUGGGAUACUUACUGGUCACCUUUGGCAUGUUUUAUAGGCUGGAUUUUUCUGCCUUGUUUUGGGAGGCACUGACAGUCUGGUCCCAAUGGGAUCUAUUUUUGUUGAGAUUUUCAAAAGGGAUGUUUUCAUUAUUUGUGAAAUGUUUUUAUGCACACGGGUACUGUACACUCUGUUUCCUGGAAAAAAAAAUGCACUCUGUUUUAUUGCUGGAUUUAAAAGGGAUAACUGGGGCUUUAUCUUGAUGAAUGGUGUUUCUACUUGACUGUUUCAAGUUCCUCUUUUCUCUGUGUGUGGCAGAUGACACAACUGCACUUAUAUUUGUUCAUUUUACUCCAACGUGACUUGAAAUCAGCUCACACGCUGCUUUAGUUGCUCUCUUUCUUCAAAACUGGAUUUUGGAUAGCUGAUGGUUGAGUCUUGUCGAUGUUUCACCAGCAGGAAUUGCUGGGGCUGCAGUAAUUUAGUCUUCAGGGAUUUGUGCUGUCCUCUACCACAUCAUUCAUCAUAAAAUAUGGCAAAGAUGGAGUACAGUGAUGGCUUACUAAUGUCUUCAGUACAAGAAAAUGUGCCCUCCACUGGGCCUCAUGUACUGUUUAUGUGGAUGGUAAAAAGAGAUUACCUUUGGCUGACGUACUGAGGGUUUGUAUUCUUGUGUAUUUUCAUAGGUACAAUCUUGGUUUUGCACGUCAUAGCUUUAGAAACCUGGUGGUGCCUCUACACAGCUCUUGUACUGUGCUAAGCUAAACCUUGUUAGGCAGAAGGGUUUUAUUGAGCUACUGUAGCUGUCUGUAUCACCCCAACGAUUCCAUAACAGAAGUAUUUGACCUCCAAAAAUGUCAUAGAAGGUUAAUGUGGUAGAAUUAUCCCCCAAAGCCUGAGCAGCUUCAGUCCAUCCUAAACUGAACUCAGAGGGUUACAGCACUGAUCCUGGUGAAUGAAGACUACUUUUUUCUAAUGCUAAACAUUUCUGAGUUGCUCUUUGAGGAAUGAAGUAAAAGGCAGAUCAUGUAUGUGUUGUAUAGAACUCCAGGAGUGCUUGCAGUGUCUCCUGGAAUUAAUGGAAACAGUACAUACAGAGUUUGGGAAUGGUAAAAUUACUUUUCCUUGUCAAAGCUUUCAGCUGUAUUUUAUUGUUUCUUAAGGAUUUGCUAGUGUUUAUUCUUGAUUCCAGUGAUGCUUUAAAGGAGGGAAGGAGUACCUCGCUGCUAGGUCUGCAGAAGUGUAAAUAUAUUUACAGUUGAUUUGACUGAGCACUCCAUUUCUCUGUAUACAAAGACUUGGUAAGUUGUUGGCAAAAAGCAAAGUGGCUUGUGAGAUUUUUGAAUGUAAUGGAAUAGGCUUCAAAACUGUCAAGCUCAUAUUGGAGACUGCAUACCUUUGGACCAAAUCUGUUGUUAGAGGAAAAGUUAUUAGAUGAAGUAGCCUUACCAGAAAGCCAAAAAUAGGAUGAUCCUGUACAAAGCUACUCCUUAACCAGUCUUGUCACAUAGUGACAGGCUGGUUACUGCCUACUGUGAGCUCAAAUUACCUAAAAGUAACUAAGCACAAAGACAUUGGCUCUGUCAGGAGACUUCAGAUGGUGGCUGAAGGCUCCAUUUUAAAGGGAUUGUGUGCUGAACCCCUGUUUCAGAGUGCUGCCGACCUUCCCCAAACAUGCAUGUAGCCUUGUUUACAAAGGCAGCCUUUUGGGUGAAGGAUUAGAAUGGCACUUGGGAGCACCAGAUACAACAAGCUUUUUAUUGUGAAGUGUUUUUUCUAAAAGAAAAAUAUUAAUAAUCUGUAUGAAAUAUGGCAAAAAAUGAGUUAAGGUAAGUAGGUUAGUGACACUUUGUCUCCGCAGUCAUUUCUAGCUUCCUCAAGAUUACAUCUGUUGUUCUGAAAUGCACCAGACUUACAAAUGGACUUUUAGAUGAGAAGACAAAGUCACUGUGUUAGGUGUAAAGCUGAGCUUUAAGGCGUGGAAGUGAGCGCAUCUUGCGCUGACACAAUUCAGAGGCAGUAGGUCUAAGUGACUUAGCACAACUGCCUGUGGAAGCCCUCUAGCCUUGCACAGUUCAAGAGGAGUAGGCCUUCUGCUUGGGAUCUGGGGACGGCUCACUCCAGUGACGUGAAUGAACAAUGAAAUCCGGACACCAAUGAAUUCCUGCCCACGCUGAAAGCUCUUGCACGAGUUUCCAAGAAACCUCAUGGAGAACAAAAUCAGUCUGGAGGUGUCAUGUUUCUCCUCUCAUUUCAUUGUUAUGUUUUUUUUCCCCCAGUUUGUUCUAAAUAAAUAAUCUUUAUAGACAAUCAGAGGUCUUUUAGGAGACUCUGCCCUGAAGGGUACCUGCUCUCCACCUGUGGGCCUCUUUCUUAUGCUAACUCAUUGGAACUGAUGCACUUUUCCUGUAUUUUGCCUUUUUUAAUUAGCUGCUUGUU